AUGCAGAAACCUUCCAUCUUCUUCCUACUUUGCUUUUUGUUGCAGUGUUUUUGCUCUUCAAAAUCGGAGUCGUUUGUUGGAGUAAAUUACGGCAUAGUUGCCGACAACCUUCCGCCGCCGGAAGCCACGGCGAAGCUCUUGAAGUCGACAAGCUUCGAGAAGGUGCGGCUGUACGGAGCCGACCCGGCGAUUAUCAAGGCGCUGGCGAACUCCGGUAUUGGAAUCGUGAUCGGCGCCGCUAAUGGGGAUAUUCCUGCGAUGGCUUCCGACCCGAACUUCGCGGGCCAAUGGGUCAAUUCGAAUGUGAUGGCGUAUUACCCGGCGAGCAAUAUCAUUGUCGUCUCUGUUGGUAACGAGGUCGUGACCUCAGGGGAUCAGAAUCUACUGUCCAAUCUCUUACCCGCCAUGCAAAAUGUCCAAAAUGCCCUCAAUGCAGCUUCACUAGGUGGAAAAAUCAAGGUCUCGACUGUUCAUUCCAUGGCAGUAUUGGGCCAGUCGGAACCACCAUCAGCAGGGGCUUUCAAUCCUACUUUUGGAGACACAUUGAAAGCGUUAUUGCAGUUUCAAAGUGAUAACAGUUCACCUUUUAUGAUCAAUCCGUACCCUUUCUUUGCCUAUCAAAGUGAUCCGAGGCCUGACACGUUGGCUUUCUGUCUGUUUCAACCAAAUGCUGGUCGAGUGGACUCAAGAACGGGUAUUAAAUACAUGAACAUGUUCGAUGCCCAGGUUGAUUCUGUACACUCGGCAUUGAGUGCAAUGGGAUUCAAGGAUGUUGAGAUUGUGGUUGCUGAGACGGGAUGGCCUUAUAAAGGAGACCCAAAUGAAGUUGGCCCAAGUUUGGACAACGCAAAAAACUAUAACGGGAACUUGAUAAACCACCUCAGAUCAAAGGUUGGCACACCACUAAUGCCCGGAAAAUCUGUGGAUACAUACAUCUUUGCACUCUAUGACGAGAAUUUGAAACCUGGUCCGGGCUCAGAGCGGUCUUUUGGGCUCUUCAGGCCCGAUCUUUCCAUGAUUUAUGAUCCUGGUCUUUCAAAGAGCGCACAGACACCAGCACCAAGUGCAAUGACUCCCGCUCCAACAGCAUCAGCAACAACCUUGACUCCUAGUCCGAUUCCCGUGAUGCCUAAUCCAAAAACGCCAACAACUCCUGCAAUUCGUGCUCCAAUAACUCCCGCUACUCCCGUAACUCCAGUGACACUACCACCAGGAUUAGGAAUUCGUGGAACUGCAACCUCUUUCAAGCCGCUACACUCUCUACUACUAAUCCUAGUUGCAUUUACCCUGGUGGAACUGCGUAGAGAGUAG